UCAUGGAAGAACUUGACACAGUGCUUCCACUGGCUCUGGCAUGCAGAGAUGAUUCUCUUCAGGAAAUUAGAGCAAACUUUGUGGAGGCAUGCUGCAAAGUAGCAACAGCUGUCCUGGAAAGGUUGGAGGAGAGAAGCAAAGAAGUGCCCUCCAAGGCUCCACUGCAAAACUUGUAUGCUGUUCUCUCCACAGCAGUACAUGUCUUUCAGCAUUUUAUGAUGUAUGAUAAUUUAAUGAGAGAGACCAGCAAGAAGCCCCUGUUCCUAGUGCCUGUCCAGGGAUAUCAGGAAUUCAUCAAUGUUCUCCAGUUUCAAGUUACCAACUACUGCGUCAGAGUUUGUGCUACAAGUAUUUUACAGGAUGCUGAGAGCCACCACUGGGAUGACUACAAAGCUUUUUAUGAGGGGGAAAGAUGCUCAUUCUCUGUCCAGAUGUGGCAUUAUUUCUGCUGUGCUCUCCAUCAUGAUCUGUGGACUAUCCUACCCCCCAAGUUAGCCCAGGAGAUUCUAGAAGAAGUGCUGGAGAAAUCUUUGGCUGUGCUAGCCUGCAGAUAUUCUCAGGCCCAUCCCAGUUACAAGAGAACUCCACAGAUAAGAAUUGAUAUCACAGCGAUUUUAGUAUCUACUGAAAAUAUGCUGUGGUCAGCUUGCUGCUCAGUGCAGGAACUUUUGAAUCCACAUAAAGACAAAGACGCCAAGAUCUAUAAAAUACACAACCACUGCAACAAUCUGCUCUCUGCACUUGCCAUUUUAACUGCACCUUUGAAGAAUCUGUAUGAGACAUUUCAGAAUGGUUUUGGUGAGCUACUUCCAUCAGAUUUCUCCAAACCUAAUAUCAGUCACCCAUUACACUGGCUAUCUUGCAUAACACCAUUUUGUCCUCCUUUACUUAUGACUCCAUCAACCGGAGAAAUGGCAGCCCAGGGUCAACUGAAACUGCUCUUAUCCCAACCGUAUUGUAAUUGGAACUUGCUUUUGGAAACACUGCUACAUCAGGAUUGUCUCUUAGUGAAAAUUUUAUUGAAAAGUUCAAAAAUUGAAGUAUCAAAAUGUGAUGAACAAAGUUCCUGCAUAAAACAGAUAAAUAACAAAGAGCCUACUUUGACUGAAGCAAUCUUUACAGUAUUAUCCUAUUGCACUUUAUCACCCAAAUCACUCGGUAGAGUUCUUGAGAGCUACAUGAAAAAAGAGCAACUAUGGGAUUGCUUAUACAAUAUAUCAGUUUCUAGUUGUGGUGAAUCAGAGCCAGAGGUUAUCAGAUGUUUGAAGGUGACUUUGAUUAAUUCAGUCAAGGGUAUAGUGAAGCAAAUAAUUUCUUUGAUGCAUUCGUGGGAGGCAACAGAGAACUAUGGAACCUAUCAACACAAGCAAAUAGUUCCUGAAAGUUUGCUGAAGACAGUUCCAAAGGAAUGGAAUUAUACACCUAGAGAAAUGAAGAGAAAAGAAUCUGGGAAAUGCUUCACAAGGCUUGCAGCUCAGGCUGUAUCUAUUGUAAUCAGCAAGUUACCUACAGUGAUUGCAUGUUUGCCUCCCCCAAUUAAAUACUUCUUUUUUCUGUCUGAGAGGAAAAUGUCAAAAAACUUUGUUGAAUCGAAGAAAGCUGGUCUGCUUGUCUGGAACUUGAUUGUAAUUAUAUGUCGGAUAUUUGAGGAUGGAAACACCGCAGAACUUUUAACAGGUGCAACGCUUGACAGAUGGAGCAAAGAGAAACUCAGUUUAGUUCGUGUGUGUUUGGAAAGUAUUGUGGGAAAACAGAAAAGUAGUCCUAAACAAGUAACACAGAAGGUUAUACAGAGUAUAGAACAACAAAGACCAAACUGGAUUGAAAGCCAGUUGCUGAAAGCAAGAAAAUUGAGCACUGACUGUGCCUUUAUUUCAGUAGAAGAAGGUGCAGGGUUAGAGAAGGGAGGUAUUGCAUUUGAAUUGACUGAGCAGAAAAUAAACAUGAUGGUCCUGGAUAUCUGCCACAAACCAGGUGGCAGCGAGUACCUGAGGCAAAUUUAUCACAUCAUCCGGCUCAAUGAGAAGAUUUGGAGAGUCUCCCAGGAUCACAUGUGAGGUAUGUGGCAGAGUUUGGAAGUGAACCAAGG